AUGACUCCAGAUGGAGAGUGUGCUUGUGCGUUAAAUGGAUUUCAUGGGUGCUAUUUGCUUGUUUCCCUAAAUCCAAAAUGUAAUGGUCGAACAUACAUAGGGUAUACAGUAAAUCCAAAACGAAGAAUUCAACAGCAUAAUUCUGGAAUUAAGAGUGGUGGUGCCAAGUCAACCUGUGGUAAAGGUCCCUGGGUUAUGGUUUUGGUUGUCCAUGGAUUUCCUAAUGAUAUUUCUGCCCUCAGAUUUGAAUGGGCUUGGCAAAAUCCUUACCAAUCCCGACGUGUUCCUUAUGUGCCCCCAAAAACUAAACGUGAGACUCCCUUCCAAUUUCGAUUUCGAAUUUUGUGUCAGAUGUUGCGUGUUCGACCCUGGAGUAGGCUUGGUCUAACUCUACGUUGGAUUAAUCAAGAGUAUUAUCAAGAAUUUCCUCCUGGUUUAUCUCCUCCCUUACAUAUGCCUUUCGCGUACGGUCCAAUAGAAUCUACCGAAAUUAGUGGUGAAAAAAUUAUCAAUGUUGGCCAGUUCUGCCAACUUUGUAAAGCUUCUUUUUCGGCUGACUCCGGUGGUAUAGUGACAGUUUUGUCCUGUCCAGAGAAUUGUGAAGGUGGCUUUUGGCAUACACUUUGCCUGGCCCGGCAUCUUACGGAAGGUGAUGGUGAAUUAAUUCCUUUAAGUGGUAAAUGUCCUUCCUGCAAUCAAGCUGAACUUCUUUGGCCAAAUCUACUUGAAAAUCGGAGAGAGAUUCACAUUUUAGUAUGA